ACGUUUUUGCUCACUGUAGAAAAUAUCGUCUUGCGCGCAAACCCUACGGAGAAUCAAAAUGCCAAGGCUGAAAAAUUGGGGGAUCUUCAUGCUCCAGAUGUCCAGAAAAUCUUUGGAUUGGAAUCCUUAAUCGCCGAGUGUUCACCGACACGUCAGUUUCAAUGCCCCGAGGCAGAAAGUAGCCCAAUACUGUCGUCUGACAAGAAUCUUCACACCUUCAGAAGAUGCCAUUCCAGCUGCACGCUUGAUCUGUCUUGGCCAGCAGUCGAAGUUGACCAGUUAGCCAAAAUGCUCACCACCGCCGCAUCUCUUAACAGCAUAUCAAGCUCUGUGGACAAAGAUGUGGAUGAGCUAGCGGAAAAUGAUCCGGUCUCUCAACCCACACUUCAAAUGAUGUACACCUCUUCAAGUUCAUCUUCGGGGUCCUUCUGUUCGGAUGAGGAAAGCAAACACCCAAUCCAGAAUGAAGCUGAUGCGAAAAGCGUCAAGCAUGAAGAACUCGAUUACAAAACAACUGAUUCUCUUAAGAAAGAUAGGAAAAAUCAUAGGGAUUCCAUUCAAAAGAAACCCAGAUAUUAUCGAACUGCACGAAAUCUCUUGGUUCUCGAUUGUCGCUAUCCAUAUGAAUAUCAUGGUGGACAUAUUCAGGGUGCAGUCAACAUAACCGACUGGCCAAGAUUGAGAAGAUUCUUGUUUGGCUCGGAUACCCACACUUUGAAUGUAUCAGAGAGGCUCCCGAAAGCGAGUCGGACUACGUUCGUUCUACAUUGUGAAUUCUCCUCACAAAGAGCUCCAAAGCUUUUUAAUCUCUUGCGUAACCAUGAUCGUUCGCUUCAUCUGAACUUCUAUCCUGCCCUCAGAUAUCCGAAGGUGUACGUUCUCCGGGGUGGUUAUGCCGCAUUCUACCGCUCUCAUCCAGAAUUAUGUACACCCCCUGGUUAUUUGAAGAUGCAUAGUAGGCCGGAUUUAUUAACUAAGUGGCAAAAACACUGCCAAGCUGUCAACCAAAAGCAUCAAUGGACUUCGAAAUUCUACGCGAACAGUCUUCCACCAAUACUGGCCCUGUAUGAUUAUUCGACUGGAUGAAUGUGCUAUUCAAGUGAGUGCAAUCAAUGUGUGAUUACGGAGUGAUCUCUUCGACAUAAGGACACAUAACCUUGUCGAGCCCACUGUGAUAAAUAUUUUGCUUUCUUGCCAUUCGAUUCCUAGGAUUUGCCUUUCUUUUAUUUUCAUAAUCUGUGAGUUUACUCAAGUUUUCUCCAUUUUGGAAUGCAAAUUUGACUGAUCUCUUCAGAAUUACAUUUCACUAAAUCAUCCAUUCGAUGCUUCCUAGAUCAAUUGUGUGUAGGAAACCCAAUGAAUUACUUAUAACCUUCACUUUGGUCACGUGAAGUGUAAUUCCAUUUCAACUACCUGUGUCUGAAGAUAUGUCAAAAAAGACAAAGCAGUAAUUUACCCUUCUAAACCAUUUACACUGAAAUUUCUGUUGAAACUCUGUGAAGUAAUUCAUUUAUUUUGCUUUUUACCUGCCUGUACUCAAA